AUCUAUGAGAGAGUUAUUUGUGCUUCUAACUGUACUGACCGUUGCGACCGCUCUUCUCGACCAGUCAAUUGCAAUACGUGGAAAAUUACUGUGCGGUGCCAAGCCAGCAGCCAAUGUACGUGUGAAGCUUUGGGAAGAAGAUACUGGUUCGUUGAAAAACCAAUUAUUUUUGAUAAAUCUUUUUUUGUAAAA